AGUGAAAAUUGUGAAUUAUUUCGUCAAAUUAAUGGGUAUGAUAAUAAAUAUAUUACCAAUGAGGAACUAGAUUUUCCAUUAGCCUUUGGAAUUCGACUCUAUGAUUCAGAAAAUCAAGUUGAACAAUUAUUACGAACUAUUUAUCGUCCACACAAUUUCUAUUGUUUACAUGUUGAUAAACAAAACUCCAGUACCAAAACAUAUCAACAUUUAAAAUCUAUAGCCAAAUGUUUUGAUAAUGUCAUUAUUUUAUCUCAAAUACGAACAGUGUAUGGUUCUAUUAAAUUGGUUUAUGCCGAUUUAUUGUGUAUGGAAAAAGCCUUAAAUUCAAAAGUCAACUGGAAAUAUCAUUUGAACAUGGCUGGAUCGGAAAUGCCCAUUAAAACUAAUCUUGAAAUAGUAAAAAUAUGUAAGAUAUUAAAAGGUAGAAACGACCUUGAAAGUCAACCAAUGCCUGCCAGGAGUGCAUUGCGUUAUUCAAGAAGAUUUGAUAUUUCUGGUGAUAUUCCGAUUUAUAUUGGUGAAAAAAGCAAACCAUUUCAAUAUGAACUAAAAUACAGAAAAGGUUGUGCUUAUGGUUUGAUGUCUAGAAACUUUACGAAGUUUAUAUUGACCAAUGAGUUAUCAAAAUCAUUUCUGAACUAUCUGAAAGACACUUACGCACCAGAUGAAACUUAUUUCCCCUCAUUGAAUUUCUUGAAUAAUGCACCAGGAGGAUAUAACGUUACAUUAAAGCACUCCAAUUUUGAUUACAUUUCCAGGAUAGUUUUGUGGCAAUGGGACAAAAUAGUAUGCAAUGGGACAUUUCGUCAUGCUGUAUGUGUAUUUAAUAGUAACGCUCUGCAAUGGUUAACAAAUAGACCAGAAGUGAUUGUUAAUAAAGUCUUAGGACGUUACGAUGGAAUUAUUAUUGACUGUUUAGAGGAAUAUUUGUUUAAUAGAUCACGCGAUCGAAGUCUUUUUCAGACCGAUAUUUAUAAACAUUAUCCACAUACUAAAGACUUGUAUAAUUAG